CUCAAAUUUUGACAUGUUAUUAAGAAUUUGCUUGAUUGAGCAAAGUGAUUAAAAUAUAGAAAUUUAAUAAAAACGUUUAUAAUUUAAAUAAAAUGGAAGUAUUUGAGGAUAAAAAAAAUAAUGAAGAUUUGGAUGUGAUACGAGGGAAUUUGCGGGAAAAAUUUUUGAGGUUAUUAACUCAAUUGAAUGGAAAAGAAUGUCUUGUUAAUAUGUUCGAAAAUACAAAAGUUUCAUGUAUAACAAGAGCUUUUGAACCUAACUUGGAAAGAGUUUUAGUUGAAAAUUUAAAAACACCUUUACCCAAUACUUUAAAAUCUGCGAUUUUGCGAUGUAACGAUAUAAUUUCGAUGGAAUAUAAUUUAUAAUUUAAAUAAAUAAUAAAAUUAAUAUAAAAUUAA